AUAAACCGGGUUCGUUAAAGUCUAGUCGUUUCGAAUGAUAAAUCGUUUGGAGACGGGGGGAGAUGGCGGUGAGACAGAAAGCUAUGGCGACGUUGCCGAAGCUGAUCCGAGCCAUGAGAAAUGAAUCUCCGAAGCAUCACAACCUCGUCUUGCCAUCUCUAAGAAGAGCUUUCUCUCUCUACGAUCAGAUCAACCUCAUCGACAACGUCCCCGAGGAUCAACUUCGGUUUCAGGAAUUUGAUGAGACGAGUUUCACGGUGAAUGGGGUUAAGUACGAUGGGAGCUUGCUCUCUGUUGGGAACUUGCUGAUGUCAUGGAGCCCUCGUAGCUUCUCUGAGAUCACAACGGAUAGCUUGUCAAUCUUCCAGACUGUUCGACCAAUUCCAGAGCUCUUAAUCAUCGGCUGUGGAAGAUACAAUCAUCCAGUGAAUCCACAAGUUAGACAGUUUGUAAAGUCAAUUGGCAUGAAGCUAGAAACUCUUGACUCUAGAAAUGCUGCAUCGACUUACAACAUACUGAAUGAGGAAGGCAGGAUCGUGGCGGCUGCAUUGCUGCCUUAUGGAGUUACAUCCUAACUCCUAACCUCAGAGAUUAUCUUUUCUGAUGAAACACCAGCAUGGUUUGUAAAUGAAAUGUUUCACAUUCAGUUGUUUUCCGAAACUUUUGUAAACGAAUCAACUUUUCAGUAGUUAUGUUUUAGAGGGUAAGUAACAGUACUAUUGCAACAUUGAAACUUUUAUUGUCUCUUACAGCUUCAAUAAAACUGAGCUUUAUCUGGAAAA